AUGGGGCUGCCUGGGGCUGGAAAGUCGACAGUCAAACGCGACAGGAUGAGCAGCGAGAUCUUUGUCAACGUGGAACCUGACCAGUUGAAGCGCUACCACAAGAACUUUUCGAGUGACAUGGGUGAGGAUACUGACACCGAGGUCCACAGGUGGAGUGUUCGCAGAGCCGUCGACGCCUUUGAGGAUGCUGUAAACGAUUCGAGGAGACGGAAUGUUCUCUUCGAUUCUUCUGGCUCCAAUUCGCAGUGGCUGGCUCGAAGGUUAGAAACCGCACGUGAUGCAGGCUACCAGACUCAGCUGCUUUGGGUCGAUGUUCCAGUCGAGAUCGCCUUGCUGCGCAACCGGGAUCGUGCAAAGUCACGGGGGCAGUGGUGUCCAGAAAACAUCAUCAUGGACAAGGCCAAGGUAAUGCAAAGUAGCUUUGAGGAGCUCCGGAACACUGUUGAUGUGGCUGAGCGACUUCAAAACUGGGAUCCAAGCGGAGACGAACUGCACAGGGCACAGGAGGACCUCUACCUGUAUCCUGCUCCGAGGAGUCGAGCGACAGUGCGUCCUGGUGAGCCUAGCUACGGUGAGGCACCACCUGGCGCACGCCCUCCUUCUGCAACUCCGAGUUCAAGGAGGACGAUUCGGAUUGGUCCGUGGAAAAGAAACGAUGAAGUGAUGAAAGCGAAGAGCGCGAGGCUGAAAUGGAUGGAUGAAACUUACAGAGGAGAUCGUGAGAAGUUUGUCUUGGAGGAAGUUUUGGCAGGGCGCGACAUUUUUCUCGAGCGGAACAUGUUCCCUUACGCUUUGCCGCCCGGCAUGGAGCACUGGACGAUCUGGGCAAGGAAUUCCAUGGAUCACGAAGCACUUUGCCAGUACAUAGAGGGUUGGCUGAAUGCCAGAAAGCCACACAAUGUCACAGCUUGGAACUAUGACGAUAACCGUCAGAUGCGGACCAUUGACGUGUGGCACGUGCACGUCUACUUCCAAGGAGCAGGCGCUCUUGCUGCAUGGUCUGCAUUAUUACAAACACACGUCCCGUCUGCUUCAGCCCGUACGUUCAGAGGCUGUCCAGUGCGUAGGAACGUAGAAUCUUCGCGCGACCGCGCGCCUCCGGGGCCCUCGGCCUGCGGCCCGACCCGUGUCCCGGCCCGCGUCCCGUGGCCCGUGUCUCGUGGCCCGCGGCGCCUCCCACAGCACGGGACGCGGCGUCCCGCGGCCUGCGGCCCGGCGGUCACGCCUGCAGCUCGCGGUCUACGGAUAUUAUAUAGGGUGCCCAGACCCUGA